CACUACUCAAGCAGCCAGCAUGCACCUCACCCUCCUUUCCUCCAUCACAGCCUCCCUCCUCGCAGCACACGCAGUCACCGCAAAGUCAUUCCAUGCGCCCCUCAAGAAAGUCUCCCUCGAUGACAAACUCGCAGCCUUCGACCUCGAAUCCGAAAUGCGCUACCUCAAGCAGCGCUACCUCGGCAUCAGGCCCCAGCAGCACGCAGCGCAGAUGGGCACAGAGUCCCACGGUGUAGACGCAGACGGCGCACCCACCCACGGUGUACCCCUUACCAAUUUUGCCAACGCGCAGUACUUUGCAGAGAUCGGCCUGGGCACUCCUGCUCAGACAUUCAAGGUCAUCCUCGAUACAGGCAGCUCCAACUUGUGGGUUCCCUCCAAGUCUUGCUCCUCCAUCGCUUGUUUCCUACACACAAAGUACGACUCUAGCGCUUCGAGCACCUACAAGGCGAACGGGUCAGACUUUGAGAUUCGCUACGGCUCUGGCUCCAUGAAGGGCUUUGUCUCGAAUGAUGCGCUCACGAUUGGAGAUAUCACCAUCAAGCACCAGGACUUUGCUGAGGCUACAGAAGAGCCAGGACUCGCUUUUGCCUUUGGCCGCUUUGAUGGCAUUUUGGGACUUGGCUAUGACACCAUCUCAGUCAACAAGAUUGUCCCUCCCUUCUACAACAUGCUCGACCAGCUCGAUGCACCUCUCUUUGCUUUUAGUCUGUCUGAUGGCACCACUGAGGACGGUGGCGAGUUUUCUCUCGGUGCUACCAACCCAGAGAAGUACACGGGCAAGAUCACACAAAUCCCAGUGCGUCGCAAGGGCUACUGGGAGGUCAACUUGGAUUCCUUCUCCUUUGGCAAGGAAACACUCGAGCUCGAAGAUACUGGUGCUGCCAUUGACACGGGAACCUCGCUCAUUGCCUGUCCCUCGGAUGUCGCUGAGCUCCUCAACAAGGAGAUUGGUGCAAAGAAGUCUUGGAACGGUCAGUACACCAUUGACUGCGCUGCUGUGGAUUCCUUGCCCGACGUGACAUUUGAGUUUUCCGGUCACAAGUUCACUUUGCCACCCCAGGACUACAUCCUCAACCUGCAGGGAUCAUGCAUCUCGACCUUUACCGGUAUUGACAUUCCUCCUCCUCUCGGUCCUAUCUGGAUCAUUGGUGAUGCCUUCUUGCGGAGGUACUACUCAGUCUACGACUUAGGUAAGAACACAGUCGGUCUGGCAACGGCUGUUUAGGGACAUUCGUUUGUUGCAUACGUUUUAGUUUUGUA